CAUUCAUGUAUGUCCAACACAACAUCACAUCCAUGUAUAUGAUUCUAUAUAAUAGUCGGCUGCCGCCUUGAAAGAGUUCUAGAUUUUUGAGAAACAGCAAGGAACCAACUUUGACUGAACUUUGUGCCAUUUCUCAGAUGCUGUAAAUACUAAAUACCCUCUUUUUUUUUUUCUUGUUUCUUAGAUGCUGUAAACACAUGGAAACAGGAGAAAGAAUUUGCAGGGAGAUGGAGAUGAAGAUGAAGAAGAAGAAUUGUGGGUUCUUGAUUUUUUCUAUUUUGGGUUUUCUUUGUUCAUUUUUGGGUCCAGUUUCAUCUGAGACAUGUCCUCUGGAUCUUGGCUAUGUUCUUGAAAUCCCAUGGUCAAAAUCUGCCUGCAGAAAUUUCCCAGAUCCAAGCUCUGAUAACACCACAGUAGGGGAAGAUCAUUGCUGCCAAACCCUUCUCUCUGUCUAUGGUCUAGCCCUAGCAAAACACCUCAAAAAAACCAAUCUUUUCCAGUUACCCAAUAUAGAAACUUCCAUUUCUUGCCUCCAUGACUACCAAACCAAGCUCAGUUCUUUGGGGCUGUCUUCCAAUCUCACCUCUCUCUGCUUUGACCCUGUCCAGUUUGUGGUCACAAAUGCCUGUGCCUCCAUUGAAUCAACCCAAGAUUGGGUUAAGAAGCUUGGGCCUUCUACACCUCUGGACUCUGCCUGUAAGCCUGACCUCAAUGAUUUGACCUCAUGUGAUGAUUGUGUAAAAGCAGGGUUCAGAGUUCAAGCUGAGUUGAUAGGGAUUGAUGGUAAUAAGUCUCACUCUACAAUGUGUUUUUACUUUACUGUUGUGUAUGCUGCUGGGAUUGUUAAUCAGUUUGGGCCUGAAAGUAGUAGUGCUAUGCAAUGUAUACUAAGCAUUCCUCUUGAUUCCAGUAAUGAUUCUGGGAAUAAGAAGCAUUUGGCUGUAGUUUUUGGAUUGAUAGGAGCUAGUGUUGCAGUUUUAGGGAUGGGAUUACUGCUAGGACUGUAUUUCUGGUGGGAUAGGAAAAAGAAGAGGAAUAGAGAUAGGGAAAUGGAGGAAAUGGGGUCUCGGUCUACGCCUAGAAUGAGGCCUAACACGACUAUGUGGUUCAAGAUUCGUGAUCUUGAAAGGGCGACGGAUGGGUUUUCGUCGAAAAAUUUCUUGGGGAGAGGUGGAUUUGGGGUUGUUUACAAGGGGACUUUAGGUGAUGGGAGUGUUGUUGCUGUCAAGAGGAUCAUGGAGUCUGAUUUUGAGAGGAAAGACGAGUUUUGCAACGAGGUUGAGAUCAUUAGCAACCUGAAGCAUAGGAAUCUCGUGCCACUUCGAGGGUGCUGUGUAACGGAUGAAAAUGAAACCGAGGAUAGGGAGAACCAUCGGUACCUGGUUUAUGACUAUAUGCCGAAUGGUAAUCUUGAUGAUCAUUUGUUUCUGAAGAAUCAAAUUGGAGCGAGUAAACCGCCUUUGAGUUGGCCUCAGAGAAGAAGCAUAAUCUUGGAUGUGGCAAAAGGGCUGGCUUAUCUGCAUUAUGGAGUAAAGCCGGCCAUAUAUCACAGAGAUAUUAAGGCCACAAAUAUACUGUUAGAUGCUGAUAUGAGGGCGAGAGUUGCAGACUUUGGGUUGGCGAAGCAAAGCAGAGAAGGGCAGUCUCAUCUCACGACUAGGGUUGCAGGAACACACGGGUACUUAGCUCCCGAGUAUGCACUUUAUGGGCAGUUGACCGAGAAGAGUGAUGUGUAUAGCUUUGGGGUCGUUGUUCUAGAGAUAAUGUGUGGGAGAAAGGCUCUUGAUUUCACUUCUCCAUCGCCUCGGGGAUUCCUUAUCACAGAUUGGGCAUGGUCAUUUGUCAAAUCCGGGAAGAUUCACGAAGCACUUGAUCCAUCCUUGUUGAAAGGCGGGGAUUCUUCAAGUGUUUCAAACCCAAGGGCGAUAAUGGAGAGAUUUCUACUAGUUGGAAUAUUAUGCGCCCAUGUUAUGGUAGCUCUAAGGCCUACUAUCUUAGAUGCACUGAAGAUAUUGGAAGGAGACAUCGAGGUUCCUGAAAUCCCCGACAGACCAGCACAUCUCGGUCAUCCCUCGUUCUAUGGUGGAGAUGGCAGCACUACUAAUACUACUUUUACUAUAUCACCAGCAUUGAGUGUCCUGCAACUGCCUACUGCAGACAUGCUCAGGUAAAACUUGCAAGAGCAUCUUCGAGUUUUGUAGUUUUCUCUAUCAGUUUAGUUAAAGAGUUGAAGUUUAUGUAAGUUUUUUCUUUCUGUCAUUAUCAUUAGCAACUAAGCAAGGGCACAUGUUCCCCUGUAAUCCUGUAUGUAUAUAUAUAUAUAUAUAUAUAUAUAUAUAUAUAUAUAUAUCAGUUCAUGUACCAUUCUUGUAGCUUGUAUAACAGAUUUAUCAAAGGCCAAUGGCACCUUCUCAUGUUUGUAUCUUCA